UUCACAAUCAUACACAGGGUCCCAGUGGUCCGUCAUGGAGGUGCUACCACUCACUCUGAGCAGCUAAGGUGAAGCUGCCUGGAUGGAGAGCUGCAGUGUGCUGGAUGGAGAACCUGUGGAUUGAUAGUGUUGUUCUGUACUGACUGGAAACAAACUGCUUUACUAUGGAGUUGGGAAGAGUUUGGUCCCGCCAUCAGAGGACGUUGCUGAUCACUGUGAUGAUGUUCAAACUGGGUCUUCUGUGCACAGUGGCAGCAGACAACUGUCUCUCAUCUCCCUGCAACAAUGGUGCCACAUGUCUUGAGCACCUGGAUGACUAUGUGUGUCUAUGCCCCAAAGGACCAGUAUGGUUCAUGGGCAAAAACUGUGAGGAGCUGUAUGAUCCCUGUAUUACUGCACCUUGUACCAACUGUACCAGCACCCUCGGGACUGACGAGUUCAGCUGCCUCUGUCCAGAUGGAUUCACAGGGCUAAACUGCACCCAGGAUGUAGACGAAUGUUACAGCAAUCCUUGCAAUGGUGUCAAGUCCUACUGUGUCAACGGAAUCAACGGAUAUUCCUGCUACUGUCCCCAUGGAUUUGGAGGUGAUGACUGCCAGGUUAAUGUGACCACUUGUUCAGAGGAAACAUGCCAGAAUGGUGGUAACUGUGUAGACAUCCUUGACACCGGGCCCCAGUGCCUGUGUGCUGCCGGGUACCAGGGGACGAGCUGUGAGGAGGACACUGAUGAAUGUCAGUCAGAGCCCUGUCAGAACGGAGCCAUUUGUAAAGAUGGGGUCAAUGCCUACCAGUGUUUCUGUGUCCCUGGAUUUCAGGGCUACCACUGUGAUUUGGACAUUAACGAGUGUGCCUCCCACCCCUGCCAGAACAACGGCACAUGUCUGGAUGAAGUGGAUCACUACACAUGUGACUGUGUCCCAGGCUUCAAAGGGUUUAACUGCGACAUGGAGAUCGAUGAGUGUGAGGUGCACCCUUGCCAGAACGGCGGCACCUGUUGGGACUACAUUGCCAUAUACAGGUGUGAGUGCACGGCCGGCUUCCAGGGACAAGACUGCGAGGUCAAUGUUGAUGAAUGUGCCAGCGUGCCCUGUCUGAAUGAGGGCAAGUGCAUAGAUAGGGUCAACAGCUAUGAAUGUGACUGUGAGGGGACGGGCUUUGUAGGCGACUACUGUGAAGACGAUAUUCCUGAAUGUGCUUCUGACCCCUGCAAACAUGGAGCCACCUGCUUGGAGGGAAUCAACCAGUACAAGUGCCUUUGCUGGCCAGGUUACGAGGGAGAGAACUGCCAGCUGGAUACAGACGAGUGUGAACAGCAUCCCUGUGAGAAUGAUGGAGAGUGUUUUCAGCGAUCAGAUGCCAGGAACUAUGGAAUGCUGCCUGAACUCAGCACAGCCACCUUCACAUAUGAAGAGGCAGCUGGCUUCAUCUGCCACUGUUUGCCAGGGUUCACCGGAGACAACUGCUCAGUCAACGUGGACGAGUGUGAGUCUGCUCCAUGUCACCAUGGAGGACAAUGCCAGGAUCUGGUCAACUCUUAUCAAUGUGUGUGUCCAGACGGCUUCACAGGUGUAUACUGUGAGGUCGACAUCAACGAGUGUGAUAGCAAUCCCUGCCAGAAUGGCGCCACGUGUGAAGAUGCUGCCAACUCCUAUAGGUGUCACUGCCCGAUGCCAGAGCCUGACCAGGAACCCUUGGGUGGGCGAAACUGUGACGUCCGCCUGGUCGGCUGCCAACAUCACCAGUGUCAACACAAAGCAGGUUGUGACCCGAUGCUGACAGAUGAUGGAGAGCACAGCUACACCUGCAAGUGUCCAUCCGGCUGGACUGGAGAACGCUGCAACACCUCAACUACCUUCUCCUUCAACUCGGAGGGCUACAUUCACAUGCAGCUGCCUAUUCCUGCAAACAAGACUAGGCGUGAGGUUCAUGGCAAUGACCAUGGGAUCCACAUGCAGCUCAGAUUCAAGAGUACUCUGCCUGACAUGGUGCUGUACUACCGGGGCAUUAAGGAGCGCUUUUUAUCAUUGGAAAUUAUUAGUGGCUCCCUCCAGGCUAGGGUCAAGUCAGGGAAGGUAAUGCAGGCCAUUUACCCUGGCCCUGUCAAUGAUGGGGAAUGGUACCAGGUCUCUGUGACCAUGGAUGAGAGGCUGGUCCUGACUGUGAAAGGACUUGGCUGUGAGGAAGGGUGCCAGGUGAAGAAUGAGGGCCACAACCAUCUGAUCUUCCUCCAGCCCAGCUCCUUUCAGCAGCUGUAUGUAGGAGGGGCACCACAGGAAUACUUACGCCAUACUUCCAGUGGGAGGGGGUUCAUUGGCUGUAUGGAAGACCUUCAUGUUGACCAUAAGCUGCUUCUGCCUCAGGACCUCAUCAGAGAGGAGAACCAAGGCCUGGAAUUGGGAUGCACCAAAAAAGACUGGUGUCAUGAAGACCCAUGCAUGGAACAUGGGCAGUGUGUGGACAUGUGGGUUCGUGCCAGAUGUCAGUGUCACCGGCCCUACUACGGAGAAAGCUGUGAGGAAGAGUACCCUGCAUGGACCUUCGGCCAUGAGAACAUCACCAGCUACUCAACCUUCAAUAUCUCAGAAACCCAUGGAGACAACUUCACCAUUUCCUUUUUAAUGCGCUCCCUCAAACACAAUGGCCUCCUCCUGCAGCUCAGCCGAGAAGGAAAGUCCUACCUGACGAUCUAUCUGAAGGAAGGCACUGUUGCUAUCUACAGUCCUUAUACCACAUUGCUGUCAGAGGCAAAGUUUGUCACUGAUGGCAACAAUAAUUUGGUCACUAUCAAGGUACGCUAUGGCCAUGUGGUCUUCCCCAAAGCGGGGAAUCAUCGUGCCUUAGGGAAUGUGAGUGUGGAGGCAGGAGAUGUAGCGUAUGUUGGCGGGCUCCCUUUGGACAAGAGCAUAAACAAUUGGGGUGGAAACUUCAAGGGCUGCCUGCAGGACAUUCGGCUGGACCACAAGUAUCUGACCAUUGAGGAUCAUCCAGACAGCCUGGAGGUUUACCAGGCAAGCACAGAGAAUGUGCUGCGAGGAUGUAAAAGUGAUGACACAUGCAAGGAUGAGCCCUGUUCUAAUGGUGGACAGUGUCACAUCACCUGGAAUGACUUCAUUUGUGACUGUUCCAUUAACUACUCCGGCCGGCUGUGUGAGACACGUCUAUGGUGCGUCGACAACCCUUGUUUUGAUGGAGUGGACUGUGUGGACCUACAGGAUGGUUAUGAGUGUUUAACUGAAGCACUUUUCCAGGACAACUCUCUCCGAUAUGUUGCCAACAGCUCCCUACUGAGCCCUGUAACCAACAUCACCAUGGACAUAAGAACGCGAGACGAGAACGGGAUCUUGUUGCGAACCACCAGCGGAGCCGAGGUCUUCUGCCUGGGUCUACUCAACUCCUCUCUGCUGGUCAAGCUGGACAGCGGGGAGAGUACAGAGCUUCUGGCAUUCACAAGUGACAGGGUCAUCGCAGAUGGGGUGUGGCACCGUAUCCAACUGACCAUGGUCGACCCCACACAAUCAAUGUCCCGCUGGCGCCUAACCAUGGAUGGGCAAAGAGUGGGGGCCAGCUUUGGUGUUGGUGGUACCCUCAACUUCCUCAACGAUACUGAAAUCUGGCUGGCAGAGAAAUACACUGGAUGCUUAGGGGAGGUGAGAGUGGGUGGAGUCUAUCUGCCGCUCAUUAAUGUACCAGACGCCCCUCAGGUGAGCCGCUUCUCCAGACUGGGAGGCCAUGAGCCAAUCAUAGGAUGCCAAGGUGCACCAAUUUGUGAUUCCCAACCCUGCCUCAACCAGGGUGAGUGCCAGGACCAAUUUUUUGAGUUCAACUGCAGCUGCAGAGCUGGAUGGGAGGGGGAGCUUUGCGAGAUAGAGAUAAACGAAUGCUCUUCAGGUCCCUGUGUCUAUGGUACAUGCAAAGACCUCCUGGCUGACUACCAGUGUGACUGUGAGCCUGGAUACACAGGAAAAUACUGUCAGGAGGAGGUGGAUAACUGUCUGGAGUUCAGUUGUAUGAAUGGAGGAACCUGCGGGGAAACAGUGGGAACUCACACGUGUUUUUGUCCUCCUGGCUAUGUCGGCAAGCGCUGCCAGUGGCGUUUCCCCCCAAUGGCAUGUGAUGCAUACACAGACUGUCUUAAUGGAGGGGUUUGUAUAGGAGGCAGCUCUGGCGGAAACUGCACCUGCAAGCCUGGAUACACUGGAGCCAGGUGCGAGACAGAAAUAGACGAGUGUGAGUCCAACCCUUGUCUCAACGGUGCCACCUGUCUGGACAGACUCAACCACUUCCAGUGUGUGUGUGUGCUAGGCUUCAGCGGCACACGGUGUGAGAGCAAUAAAGAGGAGUAUAUGGAACGAGUUCCCUGGCUUGCUGUGACCAUCCCUCUGAUCACGCUAUGUAUGUUAGUGGCCAUCCUUGUGGUAUUUUUCCUCAUUAUGACGGCCCGGAAGAAGCGUCAGUCGGAGGGCACAUACAGCCCGAGCUCACAGGAAGUAGCUGGUGCCAGGCUGGAGAUGGGCAGCGUCCUCAAAGUUCCUCCAGAGGAGCGGCUCAUCUGAGUCCUACAGCUCUGCCUCACAACUUCACAUCCAGUGGAUGUACUCUAUCUAUGUACAGGGCCUAGAGAACAUGUGUCUUGCAUUGUGACACUGCUGAGCUCUCCUGCCCUAUACAAGAAAAAGAUAGAGGAUAAAUCAAUGACUGAUAAUCUGCCUGGGAAAACUACUGAUUUUGAAGCCUGAGAGGUGAACAAAUAAAGACCAGAUGUGAGAGAUGGACAGUCGCCUCACAUCUGAAGCUGUCCUGUUACUGGGAGUGUGGUCAAAGCAUGCAAUGGCCCUGGAUCUCCCCUUGUAACUGUGAUAAAAACUCAAACUUGGUUUGCAAGGGACCAAAGGCCAAUGAGGAUCAUAUGAACUAAAGGAAAGCCCGAAACCUGUGGGUACUGAGCAAUGUAUUCACUCAGACGGAAAAUCACUGAAACUGUUCAUGCAAAGCAAAACCUUUUUGGAGCUGAAAACCUUCCUCUGCAGAUUCCACAUCUGACUCUGUUUUACAUGACAGGGGAGAGAGGAAUGUGUAGAGUGCGGAAAAUACACCUGAAACAAUUCCGUCAAUAACAUUUUAAACUGCACGAAAAUCUAUUGCAAAUUAUUAUCAGGAGAGGAUUUCUUCACAAACUCACUUCUUGUAAUAGUAUUACCUCCAUAUACAAGUAGUUCAUGUUAAGGAAUCUAUUUAAAUUCUGGCUCUAUCUUGUCAGAUCCCCCUGGUCAUGUUUACACUGCAUUUGUUCUACUCUGAUGCCAUGUUGGCUUCGCCACUCUUUUUUCUGAAAACAGUGUUUUUCUUUGCUGGAUCGUAAGUGUUUGAAAUGUACACUGUUGUCUCGAUCACUGAUUCUUCCAUGGGAAGCUUUCACUCCUCCAAGCCUCUGUCCCUCCUUGUCUGAGCUGCUGCAGUCGUCACUGUGAAUGAACAAAUGCAAAAAGUAAUGGACCUUCCUGAAUGUGCAGAUGGACAUCACUGCUGAUUCUGCAGGCAUCAAGAACUGUUGUGUUAAUAAUUGUUGUAUUAUAUUGUCUGUGUGCACUGUAUGGCUAACAGGUUAACCACUGUACCCAUGUUUGUUAGUGUGAAAGUAUGCUGUGAGCGUCUUUGUCUUGUGUUGUGUAGAAUGAGUAGCUCAAGUUCAAGCCACUGUAUUUUAUUAUGUUUAUUAUCUUCAAUGGAAACAGUAUUUAAUUGUAGAAAUAUUGUUGUUGUGAAAGGUGGUCACAUCAGUAUUUAUGGGCAUGAAUCAUUUCAAGUUUCAAAUGUAAGAAAUGAAGACCUCAAGUAAUUUUUAAAGAAUUCUCCAAUAUUUUUGGAAUUUACUCUAGGUGUGAGAUAAGACGUGUAAGUUUAGUUAGGCUAUCUUAGAGGAUCACCUUACCUGCCACUGUUAAGAAUGAAAAAGUACAUGUACCAUAGCUCACCUAGAUCUGCAAUCCACACAAACAGAAAGUUCAAAUUAAAAGCUCCUCGUAAGGAACUGUUUCAUGACACACAGAUUGAUCCAGUAACUGUGCUCACUGCACAGCGAGGUUGACACACCACAUUUGAUUCUGUGUGGUGUGACACUCCUUAAAACCAGAGGAUUUAUUUUCUUUACAUAUCUGAUGAUUAAACAGAUUAGGUAUACCUUGUAAACAGGUGCUUGCAGACAUAUUUUCUUAAAUAUGAACUUGGGUAGUAGUUCCCCCUGCUCCCAUUCUUUAUGCUAAGUAUGGCUAACCUUAUACUGACUCUAGCUCUCUUCUUAACACACAGACUUGAGAUGAUAUUCAUCUCCUCAUCUCACACUUGGAAACGACUCAAGUAAAAUCUACAUUCUCAUGGAACUGCUACCUACUUUCUAGCGUUGAACCAAUGUACUGAUACUGAUCCGACUGCCUUUGACCUCAAUAGUAACUUAAAUAAUUUCUUCAUUUGUUUAGUCUAUGAAUUCUCAAAGUUAGCCCUUCAAGUCUUAUGCAACUGUUAGUCCAGAAAAUCCCACCAAUCACCUGCCUUCCACUUUGAACUCACCAGGGCUGCUAACUGCUACUGUACCAGCUAACCUGAAAGCUUUUACAGUUAAGAUGUUGAUGUGACAUGAAGUCAGACGGAUACAUUGUACCAGUUGAAUGUUCAUGGUAAAAGUUGAGAAACAUUUUGUUAAAGGAAAGUCACAAACAAAUGACACCUGAACAUGAAUUAGAAUAUCGAUCAUGAUCUGUCAUAUUUACUGUGGGGUUUGCACCAUUGACUUAUUUAUUACCCAACGUUUGUAUUGACUUUAUUUCCUCUGCUGGAAAGUGCUACUGUCCUGAUGUUGCAUGUGGCAAAGAUUAGACUCCGUAUAAGGGCAAAAUAAUGCAGACAACACUGUCCACAAACUGCAGUGUACUUUUUUUAAGCUGUUUUAUUGCAGAGGCCUCUCAGUUCCAAUGGAGAAAGAUUAUUCCACGGCAGGUCCUUAAAGAAUUGGUUUCCACUGUUUGGUGUGGAAGAAGAAGACUGACCGACACAGAGUCUUGAGCCCUACAUGUGACUGGAUGACUGUGAGCCAGACCUUAUCAGCCAACAUAAGUGAGACUUAACUAAAAGGCUCUCUUGGCUAGGAGCAAAUCACGCAUUGGUUUUGGAAUGUGAUAUUCAGGAGUUAGAUAUGGUUGGAAUGUUACAGUGUCCAUACCUCUAGCCAUGAAGGUGUAUAGAGUUUGAAAUCAUAUAAAUGAUGCCAAAUCUACUACAGGCCAUGAUCCACUCCCACACCCAGUUUCAGUUUUACCUAUUACAGAAGGCAGCAUGGCUGUACGUUAUAAAUGUUUUUAAAAGAUCUGAGAAUGGAAUGUAAAUGCACCAUUAUAUAAGUGGAUUCUUAAUCGUUUAUUGUAAACUCUGAAAAAGUCAAUGUGAAUUGUAUUUAUUUUCUGGUGGCAGAGGAACAGGACUAUUUGUCAUAUUAGAGAAACGCUUUCUAAUGUCUCCUGCUUCCCACAGUCAAUGGAAACUCAAAAAUGUCCUCCAUGUUUACCUGCUGGUUUGAUAAAGGGUAAUGUCUAUUUCCAUGAUAGUUCCAUCAGCAAGGAAACAUGUCUUUGAUAUGUGAAUGAAGCUAGGCUACCGUAAAUUAAACUCCUCACAUCUUUCACAAUAUUCAAAUAAAGGUUUGCAGCCAUCUGCUAAAAGGUAGGGUUAUAAUGUAACUAGCUUGCUAUUGAUUAGAGAACUGCAAAUAAAUAACAACUACACACAAGUGGAAUCAAGAAAAACAAUGUCAUCUUUGCUGAGAAUUUGUGGUCUCCUAAUUCUUAGCCCGAGCAGCUAAGUGGUUUUCUUGUGCAUGACCGCAGCUUCGACUGCGUCCUGCUAACUGAACUAAAUCAUGGUUGGCUGGUGUAUUUUCUUUAUGGUCUCCAGCUUCCUGAACCAGAGGUGCUGUCCCUGUAACAAAUAAACAAACUUCAUCUGUAAUAAUUUUUUGGGUAUUUUAAAGUUUUGCUAUGAAAUUAUCUGCAGUUCAGCAUUUCUAGUCUGAUUCCGAAAUGCAUUUAACGCUAUUAAGGUAAAAAAUAAAUAAAUACUGUUGCUUUAAUUGGAGUUUUAACACAAUGUAACUCAGAGCAGUGUUAAUAUAACUGAGGGAAGUCCUGUUAAAGAGAUGGCCACCACGCUUUAGUUCACUAUGCAUGUAAUUCCAAAAGGUCAAGGGACAGUGAGAGAUAAUAUGCGUCAGUCUCCAUGCAGGUGUGUACAUGAUGAGACAGUAUCGGCCUUCACGUUCACCUGCAUCUGCAGAACCCAAUAUCAGACUGAUUCUAGUCUUUGUGUUGACGGUGCUGUAGGCCACUGAUAUAAAUCGCAUUGUAAAAAGUGUUAUUCUGCUCAAAUAUCCAAAUUGUACUCAACUCAUGAUGGUGUUAAACAGGCAUACAGUGUUACAUGAUACUGUAACUAUACAACUGAUGUAUCCCGGCUAUGUGUGAUGUAGUGAUUUUACACUGGAGUUUUUUUUACUGAAGCUGUACCAUGUACAGCAAACUGCACUGAUCAGUACAUGAGGAGUUCUAGUCCAAAGUAUUCCAUUAAACCUCAGAGUAAUCAUUGCUGGAGUUUUCUAAUUCCACAUUGUAAGUGAUACUAGAGCUACGACUUUUAUUCUGUAACACACUAACAUUCAUAUAUGAAUCAUAGUGUCUUAUAUUUAACAACUUUUUGGAGCUGAAAGUUAUUAGCAGUAUUUACAGCUAUUUUCCACAUUUUUUUAAACUUGAUGUCUCAUUUUGGAAUAGAAUUCUUCAUUUGUUCUGAGGAGCCUGUAUAUAUGACCAGGAAUUUUUUAUUCGUCUGUAAAAUAAGAUGUAUACUUCUCAUUAAAAGUGGAUAAUUUCU